CAGCCGUUGUGGUCAGGUGGGCUUUAAGUCACUUCAUCCAAGUAGCAGCAAGAGUAAAGGGAGGCCACACCUGCGGCAGACACUGUCAGGUAUCAUUAACCCAAGGUAAAUUAUGGUCCUAUCGUUUCAACGGGCGUUGUCACUUAAUUUUGUUGGAAAAUUGGGCUAAUGAAUCUUUAGCUUUAAACGGCUACAUUGCUGACAUGCAUACCAAUUUUAGCUUAUGUGAAAGAGCUGUUUCUUCUUGAGACAGCACAAACGUUAAAUUCGUAACUCAAGCGAAGAGGUAGCUAGUUAACAGUUACUUCAAAGUAUCCAUAUGCUAUAUUUGGUUCCAUAAACAGUCUAUGGUUAACACCCAGUACAGAAACAAACUUUAUGGGGCAAUGCUAACUGGUCACUCGACUGAUAUAACAGGUGUUUCAGUUUAAAGGGUGACCCUGUUAACCGGUGUUUCGGUGAAAAAAGGGUCCGUGCUAUCAGCCGCUGCUGUCGUUAUUCAGUCGUUGCCUUAAGUUUUUAAUUUCAGACAAAUCCUGUGUGCAUAUUUUGAUAUUAUAGUCGGGAAAACAGGAUGAAUCGGCUCAUUUCGUGCUUUAACAACUGUUGUAACUAGGACAACCACUGUAACGUUCGUCCGAAAUUAACAUGGUAACAGCUUUAACCGAAACACCGGUAACUAGAGACGUUGUUCAAGACGUUAGUAAAGUGUUUCUCCCCAAAGAGAAAAAAAAUGUAUUCUCAAAUAAUUGAUGCGUCAUUUUUGGUCUAACUGAAUAAGAGUCCGCCUCUGUCCCAGUCUGAGCAGCAGACUCCCAGUAAGCAGAAAAUAAUCCAGCAACAUUAGCAGAUCUGAGCCAGUCAUUACACCGACUGUAGAUGAGUGAAUGGCCAAUUGAUGCGCGUCAGGGCGUGGUGUUUCUCGUCUCCACACGUGCAAACAUUUAAAAUUGUCCCCAAACUCCUGAGUGCAUUUGGUAGACAUUCACGAGCACAGCAUUUGGUUGUCCGCGGCUCUUUUCUGUUGAUGACUCGCACUUUUUUUUGGUCUUGCAAGUUAUGUACUCCUCUUGAGGAAGAAAUCAACCUUUGAUUGUCCCCCUAAUCACACUCAGGCUACAAUGCUGCCGGACGCGUAUGGCUGCGUUGUGGCGAACAGGUUCGGCGAUCUUCUGGACGACGAUGCUGACCCGUUCGACCUGAUCAACAAAGCAGAAACGGAGAAGGAGAAAGAGAAGAAGAAAAAGAAGAAAGAAGGGGAUGAGAAGAAAAGCAAGCAGAAGAAGCCCGGUCAGAAGGAAUCCCAGAGAGACAGGCGAGUACCCAUGACCAAUGAUGGUCAGGAACCAGUCCCAGGUAAGUUUUCUGCCGAUCUGCUCUGUCAUCUCACAGCUAAAGUGAUUCCUGCAGUUUCUUGUAUUUAUCGACUGUGUAGUUCAGCCAAGAAUGGCCAAUUUGCUCAAGCUUUGUCAGCCUCUGAUUGUGCAAGGCCAGCAAAGAUGAGGUGCACAUGCAGGCUGUCUGGUUGGGUGUACUUCAUUGUUUCCUGUGGGGUCAUUGGAGCAGAUUGAUAUUCACCCUCUCUCUCAAAGCACAGUCACAACCCCAUAUUUACCCCUAAAAAUAGAACAAAAAUAAUACCCAAAGCCUCUCCCCAUAAAAAACCGACAGGACUCUUGGUUGUUUCUGUUAAUUUCUUAGACCCAUUUGUUUUUAUAAGAUUCAUACAUGUAAUACAUUUGUCAAGUGUUUUUUUCCGAUGUGAAAGCCAGCCACUUGUCCAUGCAGUUAAAAUGAAUUUGAUCUGAAUAAAUGUUUCAUAUGAAGUUGGAAAAAAAUAAAGGUUUUUGACUUUUGUUGACCCUGUUAUAUUCUCAGACUUACUGUCUUUAUCAGGUAGGACUGUGUGAUAGUGAAAGCAGGGCAUUUGAAAAUUUUUUACUGUCAGAAAUAAAACCUUAGGCAGUGCAUGUAAAUUGAAGUAUCAAGACAAGAUUUUUGGGCUGUGUCCAAAAUGAAUCACUCAAUCCCUGACCCCUAACCCCCAUUUGGGGUUUCACUAUAUAGCUGACCGGAGGUUUCGGACACUACAUGGAUGCCCACCACCGGUGAGUGACCACCAGACGGUCACUACAUUUUGCAAAUUUUUAGUCGUUUGUAUGGGGCAUAUGAAUUGAUCACUCAGGUCUUGCACACCCCUCAAAAUGGCGCUAACCCCCAUAUAGUCGCCUAUAUAAGGGUUAGGGGUCCAUUGGUCCAUUUCGGACACAGCCUUGGUCUAUUUUUUGUGGUACAGAAGGUAGUUUCUUUUAAUCCACAAGUAACUGUAUUGUUUAUGCUUAGUCCGCAAGCAGCAGCAGGCACGUCCCGGACCAGUGAUGGAAAUUGGAGAUGGCAAAAAGGAGGUCCAGAGGGACACCGAGAGGGCUGCCUUUAGGGACUCUAGGGCAACUCAAGUGGACUACCCCCCGGAGUUUUCUGUCUCGCAGUAUGUUCUCAUACUUACAGAUUCCAUAGAAAUGAAAUUGUAUUUUUCUAAGAUUAUUAAAAUGCUUCAUCCGCUGAGUUUAGAGUACAGAUUGUGAAGGAGUAACCAAGCUCAAAUUCUUUUGCUUCUAGGCCUUCCUAUAAUGCAGGUUCUGACUUCAGGGGUAGAGGGGACUUCAGAGAUAGGAGAGCACCAAGAGGUGGAGGACGAUACUCAAGGAACACUGAAAACUUCAACCUGAGGGGAAAGAGAGAGUAUGACCGACACAAUGGAACGUAAGCAUUUUCUUUUUUUGUGAAGUGGCAGCCCAUCAUUAAAGGCUCAUGACUUUGUUGACUUUUCUAAUUUGCGGCUUUUCUCACUUUCAUCACAGAGGUAUCUCCCCUGAAGAGAAGAGAGGGGGCAGAGGUUCCUGGAAUUGGGGCUGUGUUGAUGAAGCUGGGAGGUAAAUGAAUUAGUAUAUUAAAAACACGGAAAUGGAAACAUCCAUAAUUUGGCGAAACAAAGAGAUAUUUCUGCCUGUUCUCUUUUGUGAAGUGAAAUGAUGGAAGUGACACCGGAUGCUCCGGUCAAACCUGAGGACCCCCAGAUACCUGUGGAGGAGGAGGAGAAUCAAAACCAGUGAGUGCCAGAACAGCAUUCGUCUUUACAGUGAUAGCACCUGGUCCAGUCUCUGAAGCCAACAGUUGAAGUCUUGUUUUAACACAACAGAAGAUCUUAACGUCAUAUAAUUUAAUAUAAACUGUGAUGUGUGCAAAUUACACUGACAAGAUGUGUAACAAAGUAGUUAUCUUGACAGAAAUCUAACCCACUGCUUGUCGUUUUGAUCGAGACCAAAGGGUUUGUCCAUUUUGAUGUAGCAAGUCCAUUUGUUGACACAUGCUAUGCAGAAUCUAACUUUCUCUGGUCACAAAAUAUUGAAUAAUCAAACUAAAGUGGAUGAAAGCAUGUAGUUUCUGCCCACUUUGGACAGAGUAAUGGAAGAAGAUGGAGAGAUGGUAGUCCAGGUUGCCAUGGAGAUGACCCUGGACGAGUGGAAGGCCAUGCAGGAGAUCAGUCGUCCCAAGGCAGAGUUUAAUAUCCGCAAAGCAGAGAACACAAUUCCCUCUAAAGCCAAGGUCAUUCACCAGUCAAAACACGUGGAGGUGAGAAAUGAGAAGCUUUUGAGUCCUGACAGAUAAUUCGAGGAUGGUUCAUGGAGGUUGUUUGUGAGCCAAAUCCAUGUACCUUUGUUGAACCAUUAGGACCAAAACUCUCACAUACCUGUGAACUAUGCAAAGGUUGGCCCAUGUUUAAAGACCAGAAUGAGAGGACAUUUCAGACAUGAAGAGUGAAUGUUGGCUUGAAAAUUUCAGAUCAUCAAAGGGAUUCCUGAGGACAUAGAAGACGACGGAAACUUCCUCCGUAAAUCUGUGAAUGACAUCACGUCCCUUCUGGACAUUAACUUCGGGAGUCUUGGGCGAUCCAGUCGCGGCGGUCGGGGAAGAGGACGAGGUGGUCCAACUAGUCGUCCAGAGAGACCCAAACCUAUAAUGGAAAGGGUAUGUUAACUAUAGGCCUGAGUGAAGCAUAUGUGUCCCGUCUUUAUAAUGUAGUAUAUACUCUAAAUAACUGAAUGUGUACAAAUCUUUUUUUUUUUUUUACUUUGAACAAAUUCAAUAAAAAAAAAGAUAAUCUUAAUUAAAACAGUCAACAGCCUUUGGCAACCAAACAACAAUGUCAAUUUAAAAGUCAUAGGUCUGAGCUUUUUUAAAACUGUUAAUUUGUUAUAUCUGUCACUUCUCUAACAGGUGUAUGAUGAGGCUCCUAACCCCGAUGACCCUGAGGAUUUCCCAGCACUCUCCUCUGGAAUAUGACUUCCUUCGAUUCAGUUUCCCCCCUGCAGGGAACUGGGGUUGCACUUGACACUAACUUAAGAAGAAAAAAACACGGUUAACAUCUUCCUGUUGUUCUUAAGGUUUGGGGUUUUAUUGUACUUGGUUUUGUUCUAUUUCACUAAAGGUGCACUGUUCAGCAUGACUUCCCAAAAAAAUAAAAAUUAAUGCCUUGCAAGUUAAUCUUGAUGUGUUUUUUUAAAUUUCCAUGUAAUAUGAAAAAAACUAUUAAACCUUGAAUUUAUGUCUUAGGACCUGAAGAUUUUAAGAUGUUUUUGUAAUGAACUUGGGAGAACCGGACACCUUCACAUAGAAGUGAACUGUGGCAGGAAUAAAAACCAGAUACAUUUCAAGAGUAUAGUUUUAUUAAAAACUGUGG